AUGGCCAUUCAUCUCGACCCAAGCACACUCAAUGUGGUCAUCUCGAUCCUGGGCUGUUUCAUCCUCGCCUUUGGCGCUAUCUCCGUCAAGAUCAAAAACACAUGGUACCUAGGCGAGGCCCUGCCAGUGGUCAUGCUCGGUGCCAUGCUCGGUCCUAUGGCUGCUAGAUGGCUGGAUGCACGAAUGUGGGGAAUGGCUAUCGUCGGCCAGGUCCCUGCGAUCACCUUGAGCAUGUGCAGACUUGUCAUCGGCAUCCAACUAGUCAUCGCUGGAUUUCAACUGCCCGCCCGCUUCUUGCAGUACCGGUACAAGGAGAUGCUCAUUUGUCUGCUGCCCAUCAUGACGAUCAUGUGGCUCUGCACUACAGCAUGCAUCAUGGCUACUAUACCUAAGCUCACGCUUCUUGCUGCGCUUGGCAUCGGCUCCUGCGUUACCUGCACCGAUCCUAUCCUUUCGCAAGCCGUUGCCAAGGGUCCUUUCUCCGACAAGUACGUUCGACGAAAUCUACGAGAACUGAUCUCUGCCGAAGCAGGAGCCAAUGAUGGCUUUGGCUUUCCCUUCCUCAUGCUUGCGACCUUUCUUAUCCGUAACGCCGAAUCGUCAGAGCUGACUGCAGAGAUCGCUGAGAACGAAGAAGCUGUCGAGUAUGGUGCCGAACUCCGCCGUGGCAUCGACCUCCUGCUUCGACGAGCUACUGAAGGUGAAGAUGGUAGCGUUGGGCGUCUUGGCGGCGGCGUAGGAACAGCUUUGGGCAACUGGGGUCUCGAGACAUGGCUGUAUGCCAUUGCCAUGUCUGCUGUCUACGGUACCGUGUGCGGCUGGGGUAUGAUGUAUGUCGCACGCUAUGCACUCAAAAGACGCUGGAUCGAUGGCGAGUCCUAUCUUAUGCUGCCAACCGGUCUGAGCUUGUUCAUCAUCGGGACCUGCGGCAUGCUUGCUACCGAUGAUCUCCUCGCCUGUUUCAUCGCCGGUACCUGGCUGAACUGGGAUGGCCAAUAUCUCAAGGAAACCGAAACUCGCCACGAUGAGGUCAACAGUGUCGUCGAUGUCCUGCUCAACUUCGGUGGUUUCAUGUACAUCGGUGCUGUCAUUCCUUGGGCAUCUUUCCAGGAUCCCGAUGGCACUGGUGUUACUAUACCCCGACUUCUUGGCCUCGGUAUCAUGAUCGUCGUCUUCCGACGCAUUCCAGCAAUUCUCAUGGCUUAUAAGUUCAUGCCCAGCUGUGUGGUCGACUGGAAGGAAGCGCUUUUCAUGGGCUAUUUCGGCCCUAUUGGCAUCGGAGCUGUCUUCUAUGUCGAACACACACGCCACCUCUUCCCGGAACCCGGCGAAGCCCUAACGGAAGAAGAAAACAACCUCACCGCGGCCAUGAUCCCGGUCGUCUACUGGCUAGUCGUCUUCAGCAUCUUCUGGCACGGCCUCUCCAUCCCCGCCCUGAACCUAAUCUACAAAUGGAAGGGCGUAGAACCCAUCCAAGACGAGGAUGGCCCCGUCGUCGUCCGGCGCCUCAGCACGCACAACCCCAUGCCCAAGAACAGCAGCAUCGACGAACGCCGCCAGAGCAUCGUCCUCAACAAUCGCUUUAGCAGAUCCUAUAAUACCGCGGAGCUGGACAUGAAUGCAGUCGAGGGCUAUCGACGGCGCACCCAGGCGUGGUAUAAGCAGCAGGACACCGAGGCGUUCGACAGCGAGAAAGACCUGCCCAAAAAUGAUCCCGUCAUUCAGUGGGCGCAGUCCUCGCCGCACUAUCAGUCCCAUCUCCGACGGUCUGAUAGCAGCAAGUACGGUCCGCCGCUGGAGCGCAACCGGACUGGUGAGGGACCUUACAUCUGA